AUGUCAUUUUCAGUGGAAUUUGAAAUAUAUGUCUUAUUUUCCCUAGAAAGUUGCCACUUACCAUAUUUUACUCUUAAAUCUUUGUCUGGAUACUGCAUUAGUUCAAAGAAAUCUUCAAAUGUCUUUAUUUCUACCUUUUGUUCAUUAGAUUCUUUUUUAGAACACAUAAAGGGUAAAAGUAAACAAUAA